AUGACUGCAGCUGUUGGUACUUUAACUGCUCUGGCUGUUGGGUGGUAUGUGGCUAAGCGCGGAACAGGAGUUGUUGCUCGAUAUGCAGAGGGACGCUUGGGAAAACCCAGCUUGGUUCGAGAAACCUCUCGUAUUACUCCUCUUGAGACACUCAAGCACCCGAUAAAGGUGCCAAAGAAGAUCUUCCUACUCAAGCAUGACCCGCUGAAGGGUGUUGUUCUUUCGGUA